AUGAGCGGACAGGCGGCACCGGCACAAGUGACUGCUCGGGCGGCACAAGCCGGAGAAAAUAGCCAAGUCCUCUUCAAGCUCAUUCUAUUCAGCAUCGCUCUUGGAGUUGUCCCACUCGGCUCAUACUUUCUCUCGCAGAAGUACAUCUUUGAUGGUAACACGACCUAUGCGGCUGUUGUGGCGAUCAUCGGCGCGAAUGUAGUCCUCGUUACGUAUAUACUAUUGUCCGUCUUGGAUGACAAGCGGGAAGAGGCGUCGAAGAAGGGCGCGGAGAAGGUUGGCGGACCCGUUGAGUCGAGGAAGGAUCGUUGA